UAGCUGCGUCCCUCGCACCCUCAGCCACUUGGCCUCAUUGUCCGCCGCAUUGGUCCUCGCCUUUGUCCCUCGCAAUGGCCCCAAAGCGUGCUGCAGCCACGCAGGGCGGUCCUGCAGCAAAGGUGCCGAAGAUGCCUCAGUUGAAGAGAUUGACCUCUUCCAACAAGGAAGACUUGGAACCACUAUCACUCCCUCUGGGCCCAGCUACCUUUCGUCCACCUCCGUCUCGUUGUCCUUGUCGUUCUGAGAAGCAGCGUCUUCCUUGGUGGACCGAGCGACCAUCGCCGUGACCUGACCGCCGGAAGUGACCUCCUCGGUGUGGCGUUGAUCACGACAGAACAUUCACUCCUACAGUGCCGUUGGAAGGCUGCGGCGUACGGAGGUUCAACGGGCUGCGGCGGCCGCAUGAAACGAAGAAGCUCCCACUGUCGGGACAGGUACGGUCGUGGAAAUGGGGAUACCUAUGCCUACAAUCGGGUGAGAAGUUUUAUCUCUGCAUUCAGCAAAGUGCUGCAAGCGCAUUUGAAGAGUGUGGAGGUAAGUGGCCAAGAGGACAAGAUCGAGGAGUAUGUGCAGACAUGCUAUGCCCUCGUCAUGGACAUGCACACCUUCAACGAUGCCAAGCACAAUGCCGCAAGGUCUCGGCUGAAGAUUUCUCUUGAAAAGGUGGCAAAGAAACAUGGCAUCGAUCUUGGUGAAGGGUCUGAAGAUGGCGAAGAGGAUGAAUCAGGCAUCGCCCGACCGUGUGAUGAACUGUGACCGUGGUGUGCCCACGGACGGACGCUGGCGACAGCGUGUCUUUGCAGAUCAGUCUGCACAGAUUUCACACACUGCGAGCAGGGGGGUUGCACAGACGUGCUCUCACGUCCGUGUAGGGGUUGAAGUUCCUGCGAGCCGAAG